AUGAACAAUGGCCAACAGGCAGGUGGCCCGGCUGCGCCAACAUCAUUCCAGAAUGUGAGUGCACAGCAGCAAGCUGCUAUCCAGCAGCAGCAGCAGCAGCAGCAGCAGCAACAGCAACAGCAACAGCAACAGCAACAGCAACAGCAGCAGCAACAGCAGCAACAGCAGCAGCAACAACAACAACAACAACAACAACAACAACAGCAGCAGCAACAGCAACAGCAACAGCAGCGCAAGAUCCCUCUCUUCAAGCCAGAGCAGAUGAGAAACCUACCCGAGCCGUUCACUACAGAAGAGAGAACGAAGUGGGAGAAUGGUCUUAGACAAUUAUGGAAUCAGUACGAGAUGAAUGCGGCGGACACCCCACAACAUCAGGAAGCGAAACGCAAGAUCGUAGAAUUCUCGAGAACCUUGUCAGGAAAGUUGCAAGCUGCGAAGUUCAAGGCGCAGCAGCAGGGUAUGCAAGGACAGCCAGGACAAUCAAAUCAGCCGGGGCCACAAAUGCCACAAGGCGAGCAAACUCGCCCGUCGAAUCAAGGCCAACCCCCACAGCAGCAGAAUCAAGUAGGGAGUAAUCCGGGCGGGAAUCCGAGUCCAGCACAGCAAAGGCAACCGCCAAAGAUCCCCCCGAAGCUCCAGGACCAUGUUGAGCGCUUUCCAUAUGUCCUCCCUCCUGGUAUGGCUCGAGACAGCCCAGAGGCUGCUGCAUGGCUCGUCAAGUCGAAGAAUGAGUACUUGAAGGCUUUGAUCAACAUGGAGUCGCACUCUGCCAGGGUCAUAGCUAUCGACGGCCUGAUUGCGAAGAGAAAUGAGAGUAACAAUCCGCUGAGUGCGCAGGAGGAGAAAGACGCCAAGGAGAAGAGGGAGAACCACCACAAGGCGCAUAACGAAGCAAAGAAUGUUGUUGAGAGUUUCCGCAAGCAGCAGGCCCAGUAUAGGGUACAAAACGCCCAGGUGGCCAAUGUGCAGGCGCAAGGAAAUAACUCUUCUGCCAGUGGACUACCCUCUAAUGGCAACAGUGGUGGAGGAAGCAGUGGAGUGGGAGGCCCUCCCGUUCGGCCUCAAAUGAAUCCACAGCAAGUCCCAAAUCCAACUCAGACGGUGAAUGCAGCGAUCGAAGCAGCCAGAAACCAGCAGAUGAUGGGAGCUAAUAGGUCAGGCAUGUCGGGAGCGCCGCAGCAAAACGGCCAACUGGGACAAUCACAGAUGCCAGGCCAGAAUGGCCCUCCCACUAUGCCGCCAGGGCAAAUGCCAAAUAUCAAGACCGAAGCUGGACUUCCUGCUCAGAUCAAUACGGCUAUUACGCAAAUGCAGAAUCAGCACCGGCCCGGCAUGCAGACCAAUUCACCGCAGUCGGCGGUACCUCGCUCCGCGGGCGUUCCUAAUUCCGCGAUAUCGCAAGGCCAGCAAUCUCAAAUACCCCAAGCUCUCUCGCACGCCGACGCGAUCAGUCAGGCCAACCGCUCUUAUUCCAACACGCAACCUUCAAACAGCAUCAUGGGCCAUUCUCACCCGACCGCGCCACGCGAGAACAAUGUCAUCACGAAUAAGAUGCCGAUUCCGAAGCAUCUUCCUGAGCGCGCAACUGCAACUCCACAGCCGGUCCCGAUGCAACAAGCCCGACCCACGUACUCCGGCGGAGCUAAUAAUGUUGCGAGCGUCAUGAACCAGCCAGCCAUUCCCAAGGUUCCCCAGUUCAACAUGGAGAGCGACGCGGAAAGAGUGCUGAGCAAGAAGAAGCUGGACGAGCUUGUCAGACAAGUCACGGGCGGUGGUCAGGGUGGUAUCGAUGGGGGCGAAGGAUUGACGCCUGAUGUGGAAGAGUCCAUUCUCAACGUCGCAGACAACUUCGUCGACCAAGUUCUCGCUGCCGCUUGCAAAAACGCCAAGGAGCGCGGCAGCAAGAUCCUCGAGAUCCGCGACAUCCAACUCACCCUCGAGCGUGGCUACAACAUCCGCAUCCCUGGCUACUCCAGCGAUGAGAUCCGUACCGUCCGCAAGAUCCAGCCCUCUCCUGCUUGGAUCUCGAAGAUGAGUGCUGUCCAAGCUGCCAAGGUCACCGGUGGCAAGAACAACGAUUGA